ACAACUUACGAUGGCGAGUGCUCUUCAUCUGUUUGCUCUGCGCUCUUCCCGGUUCUCUGGACGGAGGCGACAGCUGCUGGUCUGAGCUCGCAGCCGCUUCGUUUCCUUCACCAGGACGAGCCCAAACCGCCAAACCCUGCCAGGGCAGCUUGGAUAUUCAAGGACAUUUUAACGUUACCAUAGCUACUUUGGCCUGUUCUGUCGCUUGAGGAAAUCCAACGUGUGUUUCUCCGGCGCAAUGCUGUGGCCAGAUUUUGUAAACACGGGCUGAAACGUCGGUUAAUAUCAUGUAAAUUAACCGAGCUGAUGAUGUUUGUGUACGCGUCAUCUUUACAUGUCGUACCCGCACCCCUUCCUCCGCCGAAGGGACAAACAAACGGCGACGUAAAGGAAAUUGGUUGCUGACUUUUCGAUGCGUUCUUCUCAAUUAUGGCAUCGUUUUCAGACCCCAUCAAGUCGGCGGCUGCUUCGUGCUGAAAGAAACCCGCGUCGCUGCUAAAAGUGGUGACCUCCAAACGCGAAGAAAGACCAAUGAACUUUGGGCUGCUGAGUGCUGGAGUGCGCUGAAGCCAGAGGUGCAUCGCUGGUGUGCAUCAGGUCCAGGAACCAUCAAUGUGGACUUCAGCUGGUGAUUUGACAAGUCUGACAUAGGAGCCCCCUCUCCCCGAGUCUCUCCUAUCCCCUUUCCCCCUCCCUUCCCUCUGUCCCUCCCUCACCCCCUCCCUUGUCAUUCUUUUCCCUGAUCCCACUUUCCUCCAUCUCCAAGAUUCACCAUGCUUAUCAAGGAGUACCGCAUCCCCAUGCCCAUGAGUGUGGAGGAGUACCGCAUCGCCCAGCUCUAUAUGAUCCAGAAAAAGAGCAGAGAAGAGAGCUGUGGUGAAGGUAGUGGGGUGGAGAUCCUUGAGAAUAAACCCUACACAGAUGGACCGGGUGGGGCGGGCCAGUAUACCCACAAGGUCUACCACAUUGGCAUGCACAUUCCCAGCUGGUUCCGCUCCAUCUUGCCCAAAGCAGCACUGAGGGUUGAAGAGGAGUCCUGGAACGCCUACCCUUACACCCGCACCAGAUACACUUGUCCCUUUGUUGAGAAGUUCUCCAUUGACAUUGAGACCUACUACAAACCCGACACUGGCAACCAAGCAGAUGUCUUCAACAUGUCUGCAGCAGAGAAGAGGCAGAGAAGUAUUGACCCAAUUGACAUAGUGACAGAUCCCAUCCCCCCUCAUGAGUACAAAGCAGAGGAGGACACACGACUCUACAAGUCAGUCAAGACCCAGAGGGGUCCUUUGCAAGAUGACUGGAUAGAAGAGUACAACAAUAACCCAGGAAAGACCCCCAUCAUGUGUGCCUACAAACUGUGCAAGGUGGAGUUUCGCUACUGGGGCAUGCAAUCGAAGAUUGAACGCUUCAUCCAUGAUGUUGGACUGAGAAAGGUGAUGGUGCGUGCCCACCGGCAGGCCUGGUGCUGGCAGGAUGAGUGGUACGGUCUGACCAUGGAGGACAUCCGGCAGCUGGAACUUGAAACCCAGCUGGCCCUGGCCACAAAGAUGGCCCAAUUCAGUCAGGCAGAGGAGGCCACAGAGGCCAACGGAGGGGCUUCGUCUCCGGACAAAGACCAGGAGGUUAAAGAGGCGAUCAGCUCCAUUGAAGCUGAAGAGGUGGUCGUCAGCCCCGGAGGAGAGACUCUCCAGCCACGAGGUGUACUCACCAAGCAGUGGUCUACUUCAUCCCGAUCCUCUCGCUCAUCCAAGAGAGGAGUCAGCCCAUCACGUCACAGCAUCUCAGAGUGGAGGAUGCAGAGCAUAGCGCGAGACUCAGACGACAGCUCGGACGAGGAGUUCUUCGACGCUCAUGAGGAUCUCUCAGACAGCGAGGAUGUCCUUCCAAAGGAAAUCGCCAAGUGGAACUCCAACGACCUCAUGGACAAGAUUGAAGCUGUAGACACAGAGGAAACUCCUGGUGAGCUGUUCAAGGAAAUGACAGUGGAUUAUGAAAGAGCAGCCAGUGAGGAAAGACUAGAUGAGGAGAGCUCGUCCCAGCAGUGUCUGCAGCCCUCCAAGAUUCAUGUGCUGAUCUUGGUUCUGCACGGAGGGAACAUCCUGGACACAGGCGGAGGGGACCAGAACAGCAAGCAGGCCGACGUCAACACGAUUAGUACGGCUUUUGACACAGUCAUGCGUGUUCAUUACCCUGCUGCGCUGGGACGCAUCGCCAUCCGCCUGGUGCCCUGCCCUGCCAUCUGUGCCGAGGCCUUCUCCCUGGUGUCCAACCUGAGCCCAUACAGCUACGAUGAGGGUUGUCUGUCCAGCAGCCAGGACCACAUUCCCCUAGCAGCCCUCCCCCUCCUGGCCACCUCUGCUCCACAGUACCAGGAGGCCAUGGCCACCGUCAUUGUCAGAGCCAACCAAGUGUACGCAGAUUUCAUAAAGUCUCUGGACGGGGCAGCCUUCUCCGGCCAGGUAUGCCUCAUUGGGGACUGUGUGGGAGGAAUCUUGGGAUUUGAUGCACUGUGCAGUAGUAAUCAGACAGUUAAUGAAAGCCAGAACAGCAGCCGCAGAGGCAGUGUCGUCAGUGUACAGGACCAGGACCUCCUCUCUCCUGGCAUCAUAGUCAACAGCGGGCACGGAUCGGCCUCUCCGACCCUGGAGGGCAGCCGCCACCUCAGCCGCAGUAACAUCGACAUCCCUCGUGCCGGUGCAGCUGACGACACCAAGAGACAACUGCCGCGCAAGAGAAGCGACUCCUCCACCUACGAACUGGACACAAUAAAGCAACACCAGGCCUUCCUGUCCAGCUUACACUCCAGUGUCUUGCGGAAUGACGCAGCCUCGCGCAGGUCGAGCAGCAGCACGAUGCUGGAUGGAGGCUCCCUGGGGAAGUUUGACUUUGAGGUGUCCGACUUUUUCCUGUUUGGCUCCCCACUGGGCCUGGUACUCGCUCUGAGAAAGACUGUCAUUCCUAUGCUGGAUGUGGCCCAGCUGCGGCCUGCCUGUCAGCAAGUCUAUAACCUGUUCCACCCAGCCGAUCCCUCUGCCUCCCGCCUGGAGCCUCUACUGGAGAGGAAAUUUCACCUCCUGCCUCCCUUCAACGUGCCCCGUUACCAACGCUUUCCCCUGGGAGAUGGAAACUCUGCCCUACUGGUGGAGACAGUCCAGAGCAACGCUCAGCUGCUACUUGACAGCGGGACUCCCCUGUCCUUUCGCUGUCAGGAGACCAUCAGUGAGACCUGCAUCCCUGUGCCUGUGCUAAACUGGCAGGAGGGCUCCCUCAAAGCCACACCCACCACUAUGGAGUCGGAUGUUGUUCAGUCUCAUGGUGGUGUCUUCAUGGACAGUUCGUACCCCUCAUCCCCCGUAACGGGCCCCCUCUCCCGGGGCCAGCGGAGGGCCAGUGAGGUCAGCAUUGCCAGCCAGGUCUCAGGAAUGGCAGACAGUUACACUGCCACCAACAUAGCCAACACUAAAUCAUGUCAAAUUGACCAAUCCAAAAAGUUCAGCCUUUUGUCCCAACUCGCCCUAUCAUCACAAAACAAAUUCUUCCUGAAAAGUCCUCCAAAGUCCCACAUGAACGCAGAGGCUGGCCAGGCCCCAGGAUCUCCUGAUGCAGAUCUAGUGGCAGACCUGGACAGUGAGGCAGAGACUAGUGAAGGUCUAAGUCCCAUUGCUCAGUACGAGAACUGUCUGUCAGCAGGGCUGGACUGUGCUAUAUCUGAUCUGGUCUCCCUGGACUCCCAGGCUGAAGUGGAGCAAGUUGCAGCACGUUGGUGGGGCACAAAGCGGCUGGACUUUGCCCUAUACUGCCCCGAUGCUCUGACUGCUUUCCCCACUGUGGCUUUGCCGCACCUCUUCCACGCAUCAUACUGGGAGUCCACUGAUGUCGUGUCUUUUCUCCUGAGACAGGUCAUGAGGCAUGAAAACUCUAGCAUCCUGGAGCUCGAUGGCAAAGAAGUCUCUGAAUUCACCCCCUCCAAACCUCGAGAGAAGUGGCUCCGCAAGAGGACUCACGUGAAGAUCAGGAAUGUGACUGCCAACCACCGUGUCAAUGACGCAGUGUUCACUGAAGGCUUGCAGCAGGUCGUGACGGGUCGCUUCAUGUACGGCCCUCUGGACAUGGUCACUUUGGCCGGGGAGAAGGUUGACCUUCACAUCAUGACCCAGCCUCCAUCAGGGGAAUGGGUGUACUUCAACACAGAAGUGACCAACAGCAGUGGCCGCGUGUCCUUUGUCAUCCCAGACGACAAACGUCUGGGCAUCGGCGUCUACCCAGUUAAAAUGGUCGUCAGAGGCGACCACACGUUUGCAGACAGCUACCUGACAGUUAUCCCACGCGGCACAGAGUUUGUGGUAUUCAGCAUCGACGGGUCAUUCGCUGCCAGCGUGUCAAUCAUGGGCAGUGAUCCCAAAGUGCGGGCAGGGGCCGUGGACGUUGUCAGGCACUGGCAGGAUUUAGGCUAUUUGAUCAUCUAUGUGACAGGACGACCUGACAUGCAAAAGCAGCGGGUGGUGGCUUGGUUGUCUCAGCACAACUUCCCUCAUGGCAUUGUCUCCUUCUGUGACGGCCUUGUCCACGACCCCCUCAGACACAAGGCCAACUUCCUGAAGUCCCUGACAGAGGCUCACAUGAAGAUUUUCGCUGGCUACGGAUCAACCAAAGACAUCUCCGUCUACACCUCCAUUGGUCUCCCUCCCUCCCAAAUAUACAUCGUUGGUAGACCCUCCAAGAAGAUGCAGCACCAGUGCCAGUUCAUCACAGAGGGAUAUGCGGCUCAUUUGUCCCAGCUGGAGUACAACCACCGUUCUCGACCAGCUAAGUCCAGCAGCGCGCGCAUGGUGCUCCGUAAAGGCAGCUUCGGCUUGGGCGCAAACAGCGACUUCCUGAGGAAGAGGAACCACCUGCUGCGCACCAUCUCCUCCCAACCAGCUCCCAGCUCCCCAACAGGCAGCAUCCACAACAGACCAGAACGCACACAGAGCCAAUCAGACGGCGAGCGGCUGGAGUGCGCUCACAGCCACAUCCAGGGAGCAACACAGCGCAGCAUGAGCAUCACAGCCAGCUGCUGGGGUCGCAGCAGCAGCACCAAGCUGGAACCAGGCAUUUUCAGUCCCAAGUGAGAUUAACAAGACAAUGUGGGAGGACCUUCGGGAGAGUGACUGAAAAAUACAGUUCAGAGGGAGAAACUCAUGACAAAGAUUAAUGCAAAGUGUGAAAAACAGUUGGCUUGCACCAGAUGGGUAAAUACCACAAUGAAAACAACAGGUGCUACAAACCACUCUUUAUAAAACUAAUGCCAAUCACACUCAGCGCCAAUAUUUAUGGACUGCGGCUAUGGCUAUAUUUAUUAUAAAACACACACAAACAUCAACAGGCAUUUCAGCAUCUUCCUAGAACAGGGACAUGCACACAAGUAGACAUAGGAAUCCAGACUGUUUCUACUGUUUAGUAAAUAUUUAUCAGUCUUGAAUACAUGGUCUGUUUUUCCUCCGACAACAGGCUUUUAGAUGAGAGAUGGUUCCACAUACAAGCGCCCUCAUGCAACAACACACAGUGGUUACAGACAGCCUGUAUCAGGUCCAAGUGCUGAUACUACACUGUAACUGACUACUGUGGCCAAUGCAAGCACAACAAUUACUGUAGAGAUCAACUUUGUGCAUAAUAGUUUUAAAGCUGUGUCCUCUUUAUGUGAUAAUCGAUACGUUCAGGUCUGGGUGCAGAGCAGGGAAUCAGGCAAAACUAGAUUGAAUGUGUUUCUUCUCUCAGUAUGACCAAACAAACAAACAGUCAUUUAGCCAAAAUUUUCCUUUUUCCAUUUUUCUUGAUCUUUGUUAGAAUUUUUGUAUAAACAGUAAAAAACAAUGUUUGGGUGUCCUGUAAGCCAAAGUGAAAUGAUUUGUUCAAGAGCUACUUCUACUGCGUUGCAUAUACUUCCAGCAUUUGCAAAUAGCAAUGACUAGAUAAUGUUUCACCAAACCAUGCAGUCCAGUUUUGCUUGUUUUCUAGUCGUCCCUCAGACCAAAGAACCAUCAAGAUAUCGCAUGAAGCAAACGGUGAAAUUUCCCUUUAUUUGAGAUUAUUGUUUUAGGCAUGUUUUGCCUUUGGAUAGACACAGGGAAGAGGCAGACAGGAAACCAGGGGGGAGAGAGGAAUAUGACAUGCAACAAAGGUCACUGGCUGGAAUUGAACUGGUGACAGAUGCGACCAGGCGGCAGGCGCUGUAACCAUUUGGCUACCAAGGCGCUCCGAAACUACCCUUUAACUAUGGUCGCAGCUGAAACUGUUCCUGGGAUUUUAUAGUGUUUCACCACGUGUCACCAUAGUGUGCUGCUGUACCUUCCUGAAUCAGUCAUGUAUGACUCAGCUAUGGGAAAACUCCUGCUACUGUAUGGUUAAUGUGCCAAAGUAAACAAUGUAGAAUGAUAUGCUGUACAUGAAGAGAGAAAGAGAUUAAGGUCCCCUGUGUAAAAAUGGAAUAGAUCGUGUAAGUAUCUAUUUGAAUGCCUUAUCAAGGCUUGUACAUAAUUGUUAUAUUACAGUGCAGAUCUGGUAUCUGGUCCACUGAAGACCAGUUUCAAGUGUCUUCUUUACUCUGGGGGUAAACACCACCUCAUUCAGGAUACGCUUUAUUGAUUGAUGAUGACAAUUAUUGUUAUUUAAGAUUAUAGAUAUUUUAAAAAUGUAUUGAUUUUGUGAACAAAAUGUGUUUUAAAAUUGCUUUCAUUGUGUUUUUUUUUUUCUUCAAACUUCAGUUGCAGCAGCCAAAACUCAAAAAGGUCUUUGCCUGGCACAGUAUUGUAUUUUUAUUCUUUUAUCUUGCAGAUCACCAGAAUUGUAUCAACAGAACUGCUAUCUUGUGUCAUAUGUUGUAUGUUUGUUAUUAUCUAUUUUGGAAAUUUGGGAUAUGGAUUCUCUCUGGUUAUCCCUAAGCUGUAAAUGAGGCGUUGAAUGUGCUCAUAGAUAAUCCUCCUUAGGUUAAGGUCUCUUUUUCUCUGUUCUGCUGCGCCUUUAGAGGCAGAAAAAUCUGCAAAUUGUAAAUUCUGUACAAAAUUCUGCCAAAACUAGGAACACAGAGCUAAGACUUACUUUAUGCUGUUCAUCAUUUAAUUUCUGAAUUGGGUAAAAAUGUGUGAUCUAUUCAUUCAAUUGAUGUUUAUUUGUCCCUCUAAUAGGCCAUACAGAGCUGACUGCAAUGGACCAAUAGGGGCUCAAAUGUAAGGGGAAGCGUGCAAUAUUACUCAACCACACCACAAGAUCAAACAGACUGUGUUGAGUGAAUGUCACAGUGCAUUGACAAUCAGUUCAACAGGCACAUAUUCUUCUUCUUUCGGCUGCUCCCCAUUCGGAGUCGCCACAGCGGAUCAUCUGUUUCCAUCUCGCUGGUGAACUGGGCUUCGCCCAACCCGGCAUGGAAAUCUCAUUUUUUUAAUGACCCGCAUAUUUGAUUUGGCUUAGAUUUGUUAUGCCGGAUGCCCUUUGCGACGCAACCCACCCCAUUUAUCUGGGCUUGGGACCAGCAAUUAGGAAUGCACUGGCUUGUGCAUCCCCAGUGACUGGGGAGCAUAAACAGGCUCAUAUUCUACAGAUGUCAAAUUGCAGAGGGAAUCUGAAUACAACUUAGCACUCAACAAAUGCACGGGUAUAGAUGCAACAUCUUUGGAGUCCAUUAAAAGAGCAGAGAUUUGGCACAAGGAAGUGCCCCUGAUCAUGGUAUGAAAUAUUACAGUAGGUUUUCUCUUGUGGACAGACAUGCUCAGUCUUAACUUUGUUUUUGUUGAUGUUUCCAUUCCAGCACAUGAAGGUCUAGAUGAAGUCACAUUUAAACACUCAGUUGCCUGAUUAUUGAGUCCACCUAUCCUGCAACAAAUCCAACCUUGGUGAUAAAGUUCACUUUUUGCUUUAACUGUCGGAGAGGUUCAACUUAAUGGUCAUUUUGGAGGCUGUAGUUUGUGAUGCUGUUGAAUUGUAUUGUAAUAUACUGAGGUGUUUCUAAUAUUUUGUCCACCCCUUGUACAUCAGUGCGGGUAGACUUAAUUCUAGAUCACUGAGUGUGCAUCUAUAGGAACAUAUAGCUUUAUUAUUCAGGACUGUUCUCUAGCUACUUGGUGAAGAAUGGUGUAAUUGCAUACCGCACUACUGUCCCUCUGCAUUUUGACCAUUUCAGAGAUUCGGCUCAAAGCCAUAUAUGUGUAUACAACUCUUAUGAAAGCUGCUGAUUAAAGAAUGGCUGUUUGCACAUCGGUAGUGAUUAGAAGAAAGUCCAGGCAAUGCUGAAAAACAUGCACUUAUCUAAAGUUGGCAACUACUCGAUCAUAUUCCCUUCCUUGGAGAUCUGAAUUACUUGGAUAUUAAAAUCCAGAGAAUGUAAAGACGAAGCGGUGCUGUGAUCUGUGAAGUUUGGAUACCUCUGGGCAGACAGUUGCUUCGAUUCUGCUACUGACACGCGCAUUACCAGGGGCCUUACAUUUCUCUCUCUGCCUUACAUCAACCAUUGUGUUGCGAGGCCUAGAAUGAAUGCUGCUCACUCCCAAAUUGACUUCAUGGAAAAGGAUAGACUGUUUGUGUCGACUAUAAUAGGAAAAGGCCAUAUUUUAUGUAAAACGGCUUUGGCUCAUUUUCACUUUGAAAGAAAUAUACAAAGUAGAAAUUUAUUUGACAUAUUUCACCAACAGUAGGCAGUCCAUCACUAUCUCGAGCCAUGUUCCCCCGGUUAAUGCAAUGCCACAACAACAGUUAGCAUUCAUAGGCUGUAUAUAACUAUACACCACGUACCUUGGUAAAUAUUUUCAUUGUACAGGGUGUGUAUCUUGUAGGUUUUGGAUAACCUCAUUUUAUCCAUUCCCUUGUGUUUUUAUGUACAGUGUAUAAAGAACAUAUAAAGAACAACUAAGUAAUUUUGGCCUUUUUUCACACUCAAAAUGGUAACAGUGCCGUAAAGACGACUAUGGUUCAGCAGGAUGACCAGGAUCGUUUCUUAACAGAAGACGGAUUAUUCAAACACAACAACUCAUCGCAGUUCACACAAACUGUUUAUUUUUCUGGCUUCGGUUCACACAAAUGCAGAUUUCUUCAAAGAACCAGAAAGAAACAAAUGUGAGAUGUAAAGGUGAGAAGACAUCUAUGAGUGGGUUCAGAGAAUGUAGCCAAAAUUAAUAAAGGAUCACAGAGUCCAGCAAGAAAGUGAACACUUAAAUCAGCUUCUUAAUGGCUUUAAAUCAGUGAUUUCAAACAAUGAUGUUUGAAUGGUCAGACUGUUUGCAGUCAUUAGGUACUGAUCUUUACAAUAUACUCAAUGAUAUGCUUUUAAAAAAAUGGCUAAAAUAAAUGAGCAUUAAUCAGUGUA